UUGCAUUAAACAUCACAGUCCUCUACACUGAAGUUACAACAGCACCACACUCUGAUGAACACGUUCAUCUGUUGAUGCGAGACACACCGAGCAAGAGAGAGAAGCUAUUGCUAACUGCUAAGCUAAACGACUUUAACUAAACAACGACGAAGGAUCCAACAGGGCGACCCAACCUAUCCCAGGAUUGAUUGUGCAUCGGUAAUGAAAGCAAACAACAUUGACAGAGAGCCACUUCUAAAUGUUACAGUGUUUGGGGAAAUCCUCCAAUGGUUCACAGAAACAGCUGGCAGUAGAAGUCACCUCUGCUCAGGCUGAGACUCACAAAGUCAAUGGCAGAAUGGGGAAAAAGACAGUAACUGAUAAACCUUGCAGGAGUCUUCCUGCCCGCACACUGCCUUGUUCCGUACAGGUUUCCGGCAAGGAGACUCAAAAGCCUAAAUCUCCAAGUCGGGGUGUGCUGAAUACAGAAGCUUGUUCUCCAAAGGAAUCCAUCAACAUAAAACCAAGGGGUGAAGAACCAGCAGAGUCGACUGCAGCACCUGAUGAAGAGCUGAAAAUGAAAGACUCGAGCAACACGUGGCCGUCAGAUUCAGCAGGAAUAGGAGGAAGGACACACGCUCCUCCACCAGUUGAACCUGUUUCCAUGCAUGAGCCAAAUGAGGAGGAAGAACAGACAAAGGAGGACGAUGCUGAGGAUGAAGACCUUAAGGCCCCAGUGGAGCUGAAAAUUGAGUUCCUUGGAGCUUUGAUGGACAAAGACUUUCAGCUGGCCCACAAGCUGUGCCAGAUGAUUCUCAUCCAUGAACCAGACAAUCCUGAGGCCUCUGAGUUUCUCCCACUGAUCCACAAGAAGCUGCUGGAGGUUGAAUUAUUUCCCAGCUGGAGAUCAGAUAAUAGAGGACUGAUGGCCACGUCUGAACCGAGAGCCAGCGGCGGGGACCAGGACCCCAACUCCGCCAAUUUAAGACCUCCGUCCACAACCAACGAAUACGCGUGGAUGCACGGAUGCACGCGGAAACUGGGGAUGAAGAUUUGUGGGUUCCUGCAGAAGAACAACAGUCUGGAGGAGAAGGGGAGGCUCGCGGGCCAGAAGAACUUGCUCUCGUGCGACAACAGUGACAGGGACGCGCGCUUCCGUCACACCGAGACCGACUUCUCCAACCUGUUCGCCAGAGACCUGCUGCCCGCCAAAAAUGGAGAAGAGCCCACCAUACAGUUUUUGCUGGAGGUGGUCGACAUCCUCACUAACUACGUCAAGAAAACCUUCGACCGCUCCACCAAGGUGCUGGACUUCCACCACCCUCACCAGCUGCUGGAGGGCAUGGAGGGCUUCAACCUGGAGCUGUCCGAGCAGCCCGAGUCCCUGGAGCAGAUCCUGGUGGACUGCAGGGACACGCUCAAAUAUGGCGUCCGGACAGGUCACCCACGCUUUUUCAACCAGCUGUCUUCUGGUCUGGACAUCAUUGGUCUGGCCGGAGAGUGGCUCACCUCCACCGCUAACACCAACAUGUUCACCUACGAGAUCGCUCCGGUGUUCGUGUUGAUGGAGCAGCUGACUUUGAAGAAAAUGAGAGAGAUGAUUGGUUGGCCAGACGGAGAGGGAGAUGGACUCUUUUCACCAGGGGGCGCUAUCUCCAACAUGUACAGUGUCAUGAUCGCACGUUACAAGUAUUUCCCAGAGGUCAAGACCAAGGGCAUGUCUGCUGCUCCCCGGCUUGUCCUCUUCACAUCUGAACAUAGCCACUACUCCAUAAAGAAGGCAGGAGCUGCUCUGGGCUUUGGCACUGAGAAUGUGAUUCUGCUGAGCACAGAUGAGAGGGGGAGAGUCAUUCCUGCAGAUCUGGAGGCCAAGAUCAUUGAUGCUAAACAGAAGGGGUACGUGCCGUUGUUUGUGAAUGCCACCGCUGGUUCAACUGUGUACGGUGCAUUUGACCCCAUCAAUGAAAUCGCUGACAUCUGUGAGAAGUACAACUUGUGGCUCCAUGUUGAUGGAGCGUGGGGUGGUGGACUGCUGAUGUCCAGGAAGCAUCGCCAUAAGCUGAGUGGAGUCGAGAGGGCAAACUCUGUCACGUGGAACCCGCACAAGAUGAUGGGCGUGCCUCUACAGUGCUCUGCCAUCCUGGUCAGAGAGAAGGGAAUCAUGGCAGGCUGUAACUCCAUGUGCGCUGGCUACCUGUUCCAACCAGACAAACAGUAUGACGUCACGUACGACACAGGGGACAAAGCCAUCCAGUGCGGUCGACACGUCGACAUCUUCAAGUUCUGGCUCAUGUGGAAGGCCAAGGGCACCAUCGGGUUUGAGCAGCACAUUGACAAGUGUUUGGACUUGUCUCAGUACCUGUACAACAAGAUCAAGAACAGAGAGGGAUAUGAGAUGGUGUUUGAUGGAGUGCCCCAGCACACCAACGUUUGUUUCUGGUACAUACCGCCCAGCCUGAGAGGAAUGCCAGACGGCGAUGAGCGGCGAGAAAAACUCCACAGGGUGGCGCCAAAGAUCAAGGCCAUGAUGAUGGAGUCCGGGACCACCAUGGUGGGCUACCAGCCUCAGGGCAAUAAAGUCAACUUCUUCCGCAUGGUCGUCUCCAACCCCGCGGCCACCCAGUCUGACAUCGACUUCCUCAUCGAUGAGAUUGAGAGGAUGGGUCAUGACCUGUAGGCCUCGGCCAUCACUGCUGCCUGGAGGUCUGUUGUAUUUCCAGUGAGGUGAAACAUUCACAGUGCUGCAGAUGGAGUAAUGAUAGGACGUGUUUCAGGUUCUUUCUGUCUGGUCUAAUUCUGCCUGAAGCAUUUUGGUUGUUUCUCCAGCUGAAGAGAAACUAGCAAUGAGAGAGACUUUGAGUUUCUUACUAACUCUGUCCCACAUAGUUCCUCCUAUAGACAAAAUAUAUAAACCAGUAUCUGAAAGCUCCAGGUACAACAAACAUGCGCUAAUGUGUGUGUGCGCUGUGGAUUCUUGUUAUGUGUGUUGGCGUGUGUGUGUGUGUGUGUAAUCUAGUUUCUCGUCCAAUGUAGUUUGUCUUUGUCUGUGUGUGUGUGUGUGUGUGUGUGUGUGUGUGUGUGUGCGUGUGUGUGAAUCUGAUUAAACAACGAAAGGGAGAAAAGCACAGAUCACAAUAUUACAAAGUAUCAUAAAUUAUUCUGCUGUAUCAUACAUUUGCUACACACAAUUGAAUCAUUGGUGCUUUCAGCUGUAUAUAUAUUUAAUCUUUAGUGCACCGACCUACUUGUCCUAAACCAGUGUCCGAGCCCCUGAAGCAGUGUGUGUGUAUGUGUGUGUGUGCAGGUGAGCAUGUGGCACACUGAGUGUAUCCUGUCAUGUAUUUUAGGCUUUAGGCCACUGUGUUAAAAAUAAGCUAAUGUGCACACCAUAGAUACCAAGUGUGUUAAACUGAGAGAUUUUAGCUAACCUACAGCAACUGAUCCACAGUCUGCAAUAUUUUCCCUCUUAGAAGUUUAAGAUUAAGAUUUUAAAUGUCUACAGCGAUCCCACGUCUGUGACAACCUGUAAAACGCUGGCUCGUUGUCUGUUUCAUGCAAUCAUGUGAUGCCCAUAUGUGUUUCUAACAUUGUUAAAAUAUGGAUAUUUGAUUAUAUAAGAAAAAAUAUUUAUUGCAUUUCCACUGUUUGCAGAUUCAGGUAUUUUUUUGUAAAUGUAUCUCUGUGUAUUACAUUGUAAUACAUUUGUAAAUGUAAUCACAGGAACUUAAGUAAAGUUUAUUUAUAGUGAUUUUGUCAGCCAAAGAAAGAGAAUCGGGAACAGAGCAAUCCAUCGUCCUUCAUAUAUAAGUUCUUAUAGAUUAUAGGUGUUUGUAAAAUGUUACCUAUUGACCCUUGACUGCGAUGCAAUUUCUAUGGUGUGUUUCUUUCUGUGAUUGUGAGUCUUUUUGACUGAAUGUUUUGAGAUGACUGACUGGCCUUCUGGUGAGAUUAAGAAUGAAGUCUAUAUAAUCCUCUGGCAGUCGUGCUGGUCUUUUAUUUUAGAGAGAAGCACAAGGAUGUGAGAAUGUACUCUCCUCUCGAGACUGGGAAGAAAGGAUUGUUGUAUCUGUCUGAAUCCUAAUGCAUUUACUGUAAUAUAGUAUAUUAAUUGUAAAACAUAUUACCUGUAUUCUCAGUGUUAUGGGAGCUCAAUGGAAUAUCUUAUAUAAGGAGUUCCUGUUUGUGUCUUUGCACAAUGUUCACCUUUCUUUCUUCCAUUGUAAAUGGAUGUGUACUAUGGCAGUAUUAUAUAAGAGUUAUGUUAACAAAGUAUUUAUGGUAUCUAGGGACCAUAUGUGAAUGGCACAAUUGCAUAAAUCAUAUUUAAGGUAAUCUGUGUACUGUAUGUGACCAGUGACUCCUGUGUAUGACCAAUCCCAGAUGUAAGGGAACGUUUCCCAGGAGGUUUUCAGUAGGCACUUUAACAGAAUCAUACCAUCUCAAAAAACAUCUUUAAUAAAGUGUAUUAAAGGGAAAA